AUGCUGUCAGGCUGUCAGCGACUAAUCAGUCCAAGCCCUUAUACUACGGUAUUCUACGGCUCCCACUCCGAACCAUCCUUCAUUCUCAGGACCUUAGAGCUCUUUCAUUAUGGACCGCUGUCGCCGGAGAAGAUCCUCCACCCAUUGACGAAGAUGUUCAAUUGGCCUGCACCGAAGAAGCGCCAUAAUGAAUCCACAAGUGCAUCAGUCUCUGUGAGCUUCACUUUACUAUCUGAAAGAUAUGUGGCGGUCAGUCUGUUCGAAAGCCUGUUCAACGCUUCUGAUCUAUUCACGGCCUUCUUGAGGAGAGACACGGUCCGAGAAGUCGUUGAGGCUGUCCACAAUCCAACUAGCAUUGUUCACCUCCAUUCACAUGCGCCGUCUUUUGCGCUGUAUCACGCAGUCAUAGCAUUGGGCCAUAUAGCUCAGUGCAAGGUGCAGAGAUACCAGGACUGUCCGGAUAGCAUGCUACAGGCUUGGACGAAUUUCCACGCCGCGGAAGAGCUUGUUGAUCCGCAGUCCUGUAUCGAGACGCUGUCUGUACAAGCGCUGAUCUGCCAACUGAUCUUCCUCAUCUCAACUUCGCGCAUAACCAGCGCGCAUGGCUUACUGGGGUUAGCAUACUCGGCCCUGCUCCGCCUGGGAUAUCACAGAUCUGACAACAUGGACCAGCAGUCGCUUGCAGAACAAAUCUUGCGAGCAAUGAUGUUCUCGACUGUGGUGAAGAUCGACUUGUAUGUGGGUCUAAUGUUGGAUCUGCCCCGCUUCGUGCCCGACGAUCUGGUGCGCGACUGUCUUCAUACGAUUCACCGUCUGCAUGAGCUCGACACCGACCUCAGCAUGGUCGCUUCUGCGAAGCAUCUCGAAUUGCUGCACUUCGCUUCCAAAGCGCGGCAAGUCGUCUUCAACCAUCCCGAUAGCGAGUCAGGCGCGAUUGACGCUGGGAGGCUUGCCAGUAUAGAGCGCCAGCUGCAACACCUGAGCAGCGACUUGUCAGCCUUGACACGUCAAAUGGGCGACAACCCAAGUUUCGUCAAUGUCAAGUACCAACUAGAAACAACCCUUUACGCCACGCAACUUAUCCUCUUCCGCCCCUUCCUGCACUACCUGUGCACUAUGGCCAAAAACCAACCUCUGCCGCUCGCCCAAUCCCGCCACGCUCUCGCCUGCGUCAAAAUCGCCUCCACUACAAUCCUUCGCUCCGAAGUCGACAGCAACAUCACCGCGACCUUCAGCUCAACAUACGCCCUCUUUGUCGCCGUCACGACCCUGAUCUUCCUAAUCAGCGCGCACGAAGGCACCGCUCAGCCAGGCGAGGCAUGGAAGCGUGCCGUCACCGGUCUAAGGGGUUUAUAUGGUAAUCGGUGUAGCGAGGACAUCGCGACUACGGGAUUGGAAGUGCUGGAGGUGCUGGUCGGGCAGUUGAGCCAUACAGUGGACUUUGACUUUCGCGGUAUUGAGAAGGAGGCGGUCGAGGCGCGGAUGCAGGCGAGUGUACCGAGUCUCAGACCACCUGCUAGAGAGGUGCAGCGGGCGAGGACUACCACACCAGUCGUUCAUGACGAAGAGGAGGAAGAGAUUGGUUACUACGCGGAUGCAGACAGGCUGCUGGCACGCGCAGAGACGAUGCCGCUUGGCUUUGGGUUUGUGGAUCUGCUUGAGGCGGAUCUGGACGUUGAGAUGGAUCAGAUGGACUGA